AUGGAAACCACAUACAUGGCGCCGGCCCCAGGGCACGGCCAGCCCUCGUUCGCCUACUACGACUCUUCCCAGCCCAGACAACCAGGUGCCUUCACCAGUCAACCGUCCGACCUGCCGUACUACGGACAGAUGCCGCCCCAACAGCAGCAACAGCAGCAGCGGGGAUCAGAGCAGCCCAUCUACUCGGCGCAGCCCGUCAUGAAUAUGCACCAGAUGGCCACGACCAACGCCUUCCGGGGCGCGGCGAUGAGCAUGACUCCCAUUGCUUCACCGCAGCCGUCGCAGAUGAAGCCUGCCAUCAUCGUCCAGCAGGGCUCGCCCGCGCUGAUGCCGCUGGACACUCGCUUCAUUAAUCACGACCUGUACGGGUUCCCAUCAACGCCGCCUCUCUCUUCCUCCGGGAGUACCAUCAGCAGCCCCCCGUCGGCCAAUUGCACAUUGCACACGCCAACUGCCGAUGGCUUCUUCUCUUUUGAGAAGGUGGAGGGCGUCAAGGAAGGCUGUGAGACCGAUGUGCACACCGAGAUCUUGGCGCACCCGGAAUGGGCCCGUUCCGACUCUCCUCCGAUGACACCUGUGUUUAUCCACCCGCCGUCUCUUACCGCCAGCCACGCAUCCUCGGAUCUCUUAUCCGCUAACUCGUGCCCUUCACUCUCCCCUUCGCCUUCUCCCGUUCCCAGUGACUUCCUGACCCAGACCCAAUCGCUCUCGGGCGAGUCUUCGGUUGCUGGCGCUGACUUCUGUGACCCGCGCCAACUCACCGUGGAGCCUUCCGUCAAUGUUCCCGCCCAGGAUCUCCCACCUUUGCCGACCCUCUCGUGCGAGGAGGAAUACCCGCGCGCAGUCGUGGGCAGUCCCUCCGUGACCCUGCCUGUCAAUAAGAACCCGUCUCCAACUUUCACCACCUCAUCCACCGAGGACCCGCUGAGCUCGCUGCCGACCUUUGACAGCUUCUCGGAUCUGGACUCCGAUGACGAGUAUGUGAACCGCCUGGUCGACUUCCAUCCGGGCGGCAGCGCCGUCUACCUGGGUGACAAGCGCCAGCGGGUUGGCACCUACAUGGCCGAGGAUGAUGGGUUCCUCAGCGAGCAUGACCUGGACGAUGUGGAGGAAGAGGGAUACCACGUUCCCUCUGUUCCCUCUUUUGAGUGGCCCGAGUCUGCUCAUCCCCAGGCCGCUGAGAGCGAGGACUCUGACGUGGAGGAGACGCAGAUCAAGAAGCGCUCCAACCGCAAGUCGUCGCGCAAGAGCUCCGCUAUCCAGGACGAUGCGGAUGUCCAGAAGUCGACCUCGUCGCCUGACAGUGACUGCGCAUCGCGCGAGGGUUCCGAGUCAGCACCCGUGUCGGUGAACCGCCGCGGCCGCAAGCAGUCCCUGACGGAAGACCCGUCCAAGACGUUCGUGUGCACUCUCUGCUCGCGUCGGUUCCGUCGCCAGGAGCACCUCAAGCGCCACUACCGUUCGCUCCACACGGAGGACAAGCCCUUCGAGUGCAACGAGUGCGGCAAGAAGUUCUCUCGCAGCGACAACCUCGCUCAGCAUGCCCGGACGCACGGCGGCGGUUCGAUCGUCAUGGGCGUCUUGGAUCCCAAUGACGUCGCCGCCGGCUCUUUCGACGAGCAGCAAGAGAAUGGUGCACUGGGCGCCGUCAUGUACGAGGCCUCCUCCCAGUCGGGCUCUGAGGAGGUGCCCGCUGUGGACCGCCGGCCUGCGAAGAAGCGCAAGCGUGAGGCAGCGGCCUAA